CUCCAUUCGCACCGCCCCCGUUGCCCUAAUCACAAAAUCGCCCCCGCGCACAAACACGUACACAUACGCACACGCAGAGACGCGCACAAAAGCUCCGCCCUUUUCCUCGAGUCCGUGAGAGCUCUCCGCGCCCCCGAGAAAUGCCGUUCUUCGAUCUGAGAAGCCCCGCCUUUUCUCCUCGCAAAUCGUCGUCUCCUCUCGUCGGAUUAGGGUUCCGAGGCUCCCCAGAUCGGCGCCGAAGCCAUUAGAUCGAUCUCUUCUCUGAUCCCGCCUCCGAUCUCGAUCCCGUUUUCUUUUUCUGUUUCGGCACGAUGAAAACCCUAGCCUUUUGAUCUUAGUUUCUUGAUUUUGCGCUUUGUUUUAUUGUUUCUGUUGGAGAUUGUUUUCGUUGUCUCCAGUAUCACUGUUUUAGGAUUAUUGUAGCGUUAGAGAAAAGAAGAGAGAAUGAACCCUAGAGGUAGAUACCCUCCCGGGAUGGACAACGGCCGUGGGGGGCAUAUGGGCGGAAACCCUAAUUAUUAUGGGAGAAACCCUCAGCUGCAGCCGCAGCUCCAGCCGCAGCCGCAAUCGCAGUAUGUGCAGAGGAAUCCGCUGCAGGGGCAGCAGCAGUUCCAAACGCAGCAGCCGCUGCAACAGCAGUGGCUGCGAAGGAAUCAUAUGGGAAGCGAUUCCGGAACAAGCGAGGUGGUGAAGCAGCUUCAGCCCGAUACCAUUGAUUCGAGUUCUCAAGAUUGGAAGGCUCAAUUGAAGAUACCACCUCAAGAUACACGCUAUAGGACAGAGGAUGUUACUGCAACUAAGGGAAAUGAAUUUGAGGAUUAUUUUCUGAAGCGUGAGCUACUUAUGGGGAUAUAUGAGAAAGGAUUUGAACGACCUUCUCCUAUUCAGGAAGAAAGCAUCCCUAUUGCACUAACAGGCAGUGACAUUCUUGCAAGAGCGAAAAAUGGCACCGGAAAGACAGCUGCAUUCUGCAUUCCUGCCCUUGAAAAGAUUGAUCAAGAUAGAAAUGUUAUUCAAGUUGUUAUUUUGGUUCCUACUCGGGAAUUAGCUCUGCAGACAUCACAAGUUUGUAAGGAGCUCGGGAAGCACCUGAAUAUCCAGAUCAUGGUAACCACUGGAGGGACCAGCUUGAAGGAUGACAUUAUGCGAUUACAUCAACCUGUUCAUAUGCUUAUUGGCACACCUGGUCGAAUACUUGAUCUUACUAAGAAAGGAAUUUGUAUCCUGAAGGAUUGUUCGAUGCUCAUUAUGGACGAGGCAGACAAGCUUCUCUCACCUGAGUUCCAACCCUCUAUAGAGCAACUGAUCCGUUUCCUUCCGGCUAACCGACAGAUUUUAUUGUUUUCGGCAACCUUCCCUGUUACUGUCAAGGAUUUCAAAGACAGAUAUUUACCAAGACCUUAUGUAAUUAAUCUGAUGGAUGAGCUUACUUUGAAAGGAAUAACGCAGUUUUACGCUUUUGUAGAAGAAAGGCAGAAAGUACACUGCCUCAACACUCUUUUCUCAAAGCUUCAAAUCAAUCAAUCUAUUAUCUUUUGCAAUUCCGUUAACCGGGUGGAGCUGUUAGCCAAGAAGAUCACUGAACUUGGUUAUUCUUGCUUUUAUAUUCAUGCUAAAAUGUUGCAAGACCAUCGUAACAGAGUAUUUCAUGACUUCCGAAAUGGCGCAUGCAGGAACCUUGUUUGCACAGAUCUCUUUACAAGGGGAAUAGACAUUCAAGCUGUUAAUGUUGUUAUCAAUUUCGAUUUUCCGAAGAACGCUGAAACGUAUCUGCACAGGGUUGGUCGCUCUGGAAGAUUUGGGCAUCUUGGACUGGCAGUGAAUUUAAUCACCUAUGAGGAUCGCUUUAACUUGCAUAGGAUUGAACAAGAACUUGGGACUGAAAUAAAACCGAUACCUCCGCAGAUAGACCAGGCUAUAUACUGUCAGUGAUCUGUGAAGGCGAUGAAUUUGUGUCCUCUUCAUGGGCUUAGAAGACUACCUCUGUAAAUAUCAUGUUAUCAAGUUGUUGUUGUUUUUCUCCUUGCCUGAGGUACUCGAGCACACAUGUACUGGGGCCCCUCUCGUGGAUUACAUAUUAUGAUCUGCCAGCGUAUAUGUUGAUACCAAUGGUUAACUGUCACUUACUGUUACCUGUAGGCUUCUAUUAUGCUUCAAGGAGACCUGUUCCUACUAUAUUGAAGGGUCUUCCUUGACACCGCUCAAGUUGCUUUUGAUUUCAUUAUCUAUAUUAACAAGUCUGUCAAUCAGUUCUCUAUGGUGUCUACUUUUACCGACACUUCGAUUGUCCUGUAUUAAGCUAGGAGUUUCCUAUAUUGCUACCUGGUCGAGCUAGGAGUUUCUGAUAUUGCUACCUGGUCGAAAGGUUUAGACUUGUAGUUCUGCUGUCUGCGUGUCAGCACAUACUGCUUUGUUGUUUGUGGGUAAUUUCAGUGGCAGCUUUACUGUUGUCUGUUGGGAUUAAAGAUGAGUGUGAUCUAGUGCAAAGUUUACUUUAGAAUCUACAGCAACUUGAUCAUUAUUGGAGGCUGUGGGAUCGUCUUUUAUGCU